CAGCUCGCCAAUCCCGCACGUCAAAUUUAGAAAGGUUUUUCGCGAUGGCGUUUCACCAGCUAGUGCUCGAAGACCUCACGGUUUCUCAACUACAGGUCGUCGCUGAACAGAGGAACGGAAAAGGCUUCCAUGUGCACUACACAGGCGGUUUCGAUGCGAGCAGGAAAAACUUCCGGCUCGCCUGCCCCGGUUAUUUGGUAAGCGGGUGCGUAUUGACCACAGUGUUCCAGUAUCCAGCUCCCAGUGGCCUGAAGGGUCAGCAAAACGACACCUACCCGGUUUUCCUUGGCCAGUACAACGACUUCAGAAAAACGUACGUGAAAUUUCACUUUGCUGGAAAGGACGAACUUAAAGUGGAGCGACGAUACAAGGGAAAUAAAUCGCUCCUUUUAACUCGGAGGAGCAAGAAUGUGGAAGGCAUCCAUGUUCUGGAGUUCGUGAGAGAACUACUAAACUUGAAGGUGUACCUUGACGGCGAGCUUCUGCUCCCUGCGCGCACAAUCACAGAUGGCUCUGACAUAGACGCACACGUGGUGCUGGGCACCGAAGACGACUUGACCUACUGCCCGUUCGUGUUCUACGAGUCGCACUACACCAUGCCCAAUGUGGAAGCGGUCUUUAAGAUUCCGGCAUUCUUCAACAAAAACUUAGACUACUGUUUUCCUCACAAAAACCUUGAAGUUGCCGCGGGAGGCUACAUACUUUGGUAUGCGUCGUGGACGCCGGGAGCAGAGUGA